AUGAGGUUUUUGAAAGGAUUAUUACUUCCUUUGGCUUUGGCUUUAUAUAAAGUAACUGCCACGGCAGAAAUGGGAUCAGAAAUUAAUGUGGAAAAUGAGAAGCUGCCUGAAGGUUUAACCUGGGAAGAAUGGCAUAUGGACCAUGAGCACCAGUUGAAAGACUACACUCCAGAGACUUUCUUUGCGUUGCACGAUGUUAAGAAGAAGGGAUAUUUAGAUGAUAACGAUAUUUUAUCCCUUUAUGGGUUGAACCGUGAAGAAAUUGUGGGGACCGGUGAUGGCAUGGGGCAACAUGAUGAAUCUGAAAAAAUUGACAGUGAAACGGCUAAACGUGUUGUUAAAUUCAUAAUGAAACUGCUAGAUGUUGAUGAUGAUACCAAAAUUACUAAGGAGGAGUAUCUAGAAUUCGCAAAGAGAGGAAACAAGUUCCCUGAUCUUGGGGUUGGAGUAGGUCACCAUUCUGAUUUUGAACUAGAAUAUGAAAUACAUCACUGGAAUAAGUUUCAUAAGGACAAAGAUCCAGAAGUUAAAGUCGUACACAAAGAAGACAUAGAACAUGAGUUGCUUCAUCAUGAACAUGAAAUAGAACACGAAGAAGAAGUCCAAAGAGGCGCUUCGAGAGCUACCGUAAUAACAGACGAUGAACUAGAAUCUAGAAUAGAACUGGAAAAUAUACCCGAAAAAUUCAAGAAUGGCAUUUUUUAA